AUGGGAACCAAUCAACCUUCUUCACCAUUAUCACACAAAUCUGAAUCAACAACAUCAUCAAUACAAUUGCGAACACUAACUUCAAUACCAACUGGUUAUAAUGCAAGGAUAGAAGAAGAGCAUCAUUCAAGCGAAGGAAAACCAUUUUCAACAUGGCCAAAAUUAAACUAUAAUAUUGAUAUAAAUAAUAUUGAUGACAAUGGCAAUAAUGAUUCAGAUAAAUAUUCAUUCGAUUCAUCAUCAUCCUCACAAGAUCAAAAGAUAAAGUCAUCUUCAAAUCAAUUAAAAAGAAGCAGUACUAUUGGAACAUUAAUAAAUAUGAAGAAAAACACAUUAUCUCACAAAAAAUCUUUAUCUCAUCAUAUUAAUUCUUCAUUAUCAAGGCGUAGUGAUACUAUACAUCAAGCGGCUCAGAGAUUUAGUACAAUGAUUUUAGGAACUAACAUGGAUGAAGAGAAUCGUCUGAUAGUUAUAGAUCCAGAUUCAAAAAAUCCUUUAAUUGAUCCAAGGACAAAAAAACCCUUUAUAACAAAUUUCAUUACAACUUCUCGUUAUAAUAUUUGCACUUUUCUGCCAAAACAACUUUAUGCUCAAUUCUCAAAAUUUGCUAAUUUUUAUUUUUUAUUUGUUGCUAUUCUACAAACAAUUCCUAAUUAUUCUCCAACCGGUCAAUUCACCACCAUAAUACCUUUAGCUGUUUUCAUCAUAAUUGCCAUGGCACAUGAAGGUUUUGAUGAUUAUCGUAGGCAUAAACAUGAUAACGUUGAAAAUAAUAAAGAGUUUGGUGAUUUUGUUUCUGUUAAAGCUCAAGAAUGGAUACCUGCUGAUAUAUUAUUAUUACAUUCUAAAAGUGAAAAUGGUAUUUGUUAUGUUGAGACUUCUGCAUUGGAUGGUGAAACUAAUUUAAAACAACGUCAAGCAUUAAAAGCUACUAAUUCUUUACUAUCUUCUCCUGAACCUUUGGCUAAUUUUAAAGCAAAGGUUAAAACUGAAAACCCAAACCAAGAUUUAUAUAAUUUUGAUGGUUCAAUUGAAUUACCUGAUGGUAGCACUCACCCAUUAACAAAUAAUCAAAUAUUAUUGCGUGGCACCAUUCUACGCAAUACCCCUGAAAUUUAUGGCGUUAUAAUAUUUACUGGAGAAGAAACAAAAUUACGCAUGAAUGCUUCAAAAAAUAUUCCUUGUACAAUUUCAUCUGUUCUAUGGGAUAAUGGUAUUGGAGGAAAUCUUUGGUACAUGGGUGAAACUCCUAAACAAAUUCAAGUUAUAUUAUUUGGUUUCAUAAUAUUAUAUAAUACAAUGAUUCCAAUUUCUUUAUAUGUUACAAUGGAAGUUACAAAAUUAGUUCAAGCUUAUUUAAUAAAUAAUGAUUUGGCAAUGUAUCAUGAAGAAAGUGAUACCCCAGCUGAAGCCAGAACCUCCACAAUCAAUGAAGAUUUGGGACAAGUUAGCUACUUAUUUUCAGAUAAAACUGGAACUUUAACUGAUAAUAUAAUGUUGUUUAGAAAAUUAAGUGUGGGCGGAAGAAGUUUUUUACAUGAUUUAGAUAUAAGGAAAAUUGAAGAAGAAGAAAUCUUAAAAAUGGCGAUGAAAAAAAAAUUUUCAAUUCGUAAUCAAAAGUCAAAAAAAAGAAUUUCUUUAGCUUCUAUUACUAGGCAUUUUAGAAAACAACAAGACCAACAAUCAAAUGAUUUUAUUGAUGCCAAUAAUAAUGAAAAUGGUGAGAUGGCACUUGAUGAUUUUGGAUCUGAUUGUAAUAGUAGUAAUAUUUCUUUACAAAGAACAGAUUCAAUGGCAGUAAUUAGUAAUAGUGUUAAACAUAAAAACUCUUUAAAACGUCAUGAUUCAAGACAUAGUGGAACCUUUUCAAUGAUUGCACCAGCAGUAACUGAACCAUCACCAUUUAAUGGUGAUGGUAACAAUAAUAAUACAGACAUGGAAAAUUCUUUUGAUGAAAAUAUAAGAUCAACAUUGGGCUUGUUAGCCAUUUUACAACAUCAACCAAACACAGCUUUUGGUAAAAAGGCAAAAUUUUUUUUAUUAGCAAUAGCACUAUGCCAUACUUGUGUUCCUGAAAUAGAUGAAGAAACAAAAGAUGUGUUCUAUCAAGCUUCAUCACCUGAUGAAUUUGCUUUAGUCACCGCUGCAAAAGAAUUAGGUUAUGUAGUGAUAGACCGUACAAUGUCAUCAGUUUCAUUAAGGAUAAACCAUGGUGACCCAAAUGGUUUAAAAUCAAUAAAUGAUGAACCUAAUAAUAAUAACAACAACACAUCUUCAACAAACACUUUUGAAACUUAUGAAAUAUUAAAUGUUGUAGAAUUUUCUAGUAAACGUAAAAGAAUGUCUAUUAUUUAUCGUUUACCAGAUGGCAGAAUAUGUUUAUUAUGUAAAGGUGCAGAUACUAUAAUUCUUGAACGCCUAAAAGAUCCAAGAAAUACAACAACUACUAUGCCAGUAUCAAAAGGUCACAAUCAUGCUAAAAUAAUAGAGAAAACUGAUAUCAUUGAUAAUACAAAUAUCUACAACAUCAACGCAAAUAUAAUAACAAUGACACCAACUUCAAUACACUCCAUGAACAAUUUUGCAACUUCUUCUGUUCCAGUCAUUCCAGAGGAUUCACCAAUUUCUAUAAACCAUCAUGACCAUCGUGAAGGAUCAUAUUGUUUUAAAACAACAGAUUCAGACUAUUCCAUUAUGGAUUCAUUUCCAAUACAAGAUGAAACCUGGCUGCAUAGUCAAACAAUGUAUCAUAUACAAGAUUUUGCUACUGAAGGUUUAAGGACUCUACUUUAUGGUCAUAGAUUUUUAGAGGAGGAAGAAUAUCAAUUAUGGAAUAAAUUGUAUCAAGAGGCCUCCACCUCAAUGAAAGAUCGUCAACAAAAAAUGGAAGAUGUGGCAGAACUUAUUGAGAAAGAUUUAGAGAUAACGGGUGCAACUGCCAUUGAAGAUAAAUUACAAAGUGGUGUGCCAGAAACAAUUGAUUUGUUGAGAAAAGCUAAUAUAAGAAUUUGGAUGUUGACAGGUGAUAAAAGAGAAACUGCUAUCAACAUUGGAUACUCGUGCUCUUUGAUAAAGGAUUAUUCUACCACAAUCAUCCUGGACUCGCAUGUUAAUCUCCAACAAUUACUAAAACAAGCAAUAAAAGAUAUACGGAAUCGUAAGGUGCUACAUCCUGUUGCCGUGGUUGAUGGUGAAACUUUAAUGAAGAUAGAGCAAGAUCCUGAAUUAAUUGAAAAUUUUGUUGAUUUGGGCAUAUUAUGUGAUGCGGUGAUUUGUUGUAGAGUCAGCCCCAGUCAAAAAGCACUAGUUGUACAUAGUAUACGACAAAAAUUAAAGCAUCAUGUUACAUUAGCAAUUGGAGAUGGUGCAAAUGAUAUUGCAAUGAUACAAGAAGCACAUGUUGGUAUUGGGAUAACAGGAAAAGAAGGUUUACAAGCAGCCAGGUCAAGUGAUUAUAGCAUAGCACAAUUUAGAUUCUUAAAAAAUUUGUUAUUAGUGCAUGGUAGAUGGUCUUAUAUUAGAAGUUCCAAAUUUGUGCUAGGUACAUUCUAUAAGUGUAUGUGUUUUUAUUUUACACAAGCAUUAUUUCAGUAUUACGUUGGAUUCUCAGGCACAUCACUUUACGAAUCAUGGACUUUGUCAUUUUACAAUACAUUGUUUUCAUCAUUACCUGUGUUAGUUAUUGGUGUUUUUGAAAAAGAUUUGAAUCAAGAGACAUUAUUGGGAUUUCCCCAAUUGUACACAAUUGGUCAACGUAAUGGUGCCUUUAAUCUUAAAUUGUUUUUUUCUUGGAUGUGUGGAGCUAUUUACAAUGCAUUUGUAAUAGUUUUGAUACCAUUCUUUUUACAUGGUCGUGAUGUAAGAGGGACUGGUUCACCUCAAUUAUAUGAAUUAGGUUUAAUAGUGUAUACAUGUGUGGUGUUCGUUGUGACCAUUAAGAUAGCAUAUUUAGAAUGUCAUAAUUGGACAAUAAUCACACACAUCACUUCAUUUAUAACGAUAUUUGGUUGGUUUUUAUAUCAGACAGUCUAUAGUUACAUUUAUCCCAAUAAUUUUCAUAGUACACCUUAUGAGGUCAAUGGAGUUUUUCGAAAAGUUAGUGUAAGAACUGAAUUUUGGACCACUGUAUUUUUAAUUAUUUUUUUUGCCAUUGUACCAAUUAUGGUUGUAAAAGUCUUUAAAUCCAUCAUACUGCCAACUGAUGUUGAUAUUUAUCAAGAAAUUGAAAAGGAUAAAAGAUUAUUGGAAAAAUUGAUGAAUGAAAAUGAAUCUAGUGAUGAUAAUAAUAAUGUUGGGGAAAUGGUUAAUGAUAAUAGUCAAAAAAAAACAAAAGACAUUUAA